AUCUGAAUAAUCACUUUUUUUAACUAUAAAUGAAGAAGAACAACACAAGUGAAAGAAUUACUGUGCUGACAUCACACUUCACUCCUUCAACUUCAAUGGCUUCCGAGAAAGAAGCUGCUCUUGCUGCCACUCCUCCUGACGCUGAUUCUCCCACCAUAUUUGACAAGAUCAUCAACAAGGAGAUUCCUUCUACUGUUGUUUAUGAGGAUGAUAAGGUGCUUGCCUUUAGGGACAUACAACCUCAAGGUCCUGUGCACAUUCUACUCAUUCCCAAAGUCAGAGAUGGGUUGACUGGCAUAUCCAAGGCUGAGGAGAGGCACAUUGACAUUCUUGGCCGACUUCUUUACACUGCUAAGCUGGUUGCCAAACAAGAAGGUCUUGACGAUGGCUACAGGGUUGUAAUUAAUGAUGGACCAAAAGGAUGCCAAUCGGUUUACCAUAUCCAUGUGCACGUUAUUGGCGGUCGACAGAUGAACUGGCCACCGGGCUAAAAUGUAGGAAAGGAUUUGUGGCAAACCGUCAGGAAUCAUAGAACAAUAAUACUCUGAUGGCUGUGCUAUCUUUCGUUAAUGAUUUAAGUAACUAAUAAUUUGAUACAUGGUAUUUGAAGCUACUAAGAUUAUUACUUUAUAUAUAAGUAUUGAAUGUGUUCAAACUGUUGUUGAAUUUAGGUUAAAA